GUGGGGUUGGCAGGCAAGGCGAGGGAGACGUCGGGUGAGCUUUUCUUUCUCGGGACAACUACGACUGUCGAUUAUUUCCAACGGACCUGUCUCGAGAAAUGCUGAAAAGACAGCAGUUCACCAGCUGUGAUCCCUGUCGAAAGGGAAAGCGAGCUUGCGAUGCGAGGCUUCGCACAGACGGGAGCUGCUCAAAUUGCACCAAAACGGCGCAGUACUGCACCUUUGGCUUCGUCUCGAGAGCAAAGAGAGUGAGACGAGAAUCGAACCCGAUGACAGAAAUCGUCGACGAGAGCAGCGAUCGCGAAUCGAGCUGCGCUGACAGAGAGCAAGGCAGCACAUACGGGUGCGCAGGGCCUGCGCUGCUCACGUCCUCAGCAUCCGCCAACCGUUCUAGGAGGGAAUCUGACGGAGAGGACCGGCAGUCUUCGGAAGAUGCUUCGAGCGCUAACGAUGCGCCGGGCUCGAUCAGCUCUCUGUACUCCGAAGAGAUUUCUGAGGCACCGCUGACCAGGGGACUCGAAGGAAAUCCCGUCUCGAGAAAGACGCGACGGAGGACACCGGCGACGACAUCACCGGAGGGCGGAAGCAAAGCAUCAAGAGCCUCAUUCCAAGGCGACUUUACGAAGGCCAUCGCGGAGGGAAUCAUCGAUCGAUUACUUCACAAAAAUCUGGCAUGCGGGAGCGGCAGAUGGCAAGAUCUGACUAUGUCGAUGUUACAGAGCGACAUGCGGAGGAUCUAUCACAGCACAUUCGAGCAUGUCAUGACUAUUUGGGUCUCGCCACUCUCCUGUCCUCUGAUCCUGCAAGAGGUCAAGGUGCCAAAAGCCGAGGCAAACACCGCCGCGCAUCUACUCUCUGAUACCGUCAGGCUCGCCGAUGCAGACUUCACCGCGGCGGAUGAUUCCUCGAAGGGGAGUGUCGUCGCCUACUCGCAGGACGGCAACUUUUCUGACGACAACCAUAGAGGCGGCGAUGGCGAUUGCGCUAAACGAGAUGGUCAUCGUACAAGAGGAGGUAGACAGGGUCCAGAAUGCAGUGGCGAUGAGGAAGGGACGAAAGGAAGCCUCCUCUCUUUGGCAAAGAAUCAAGGUCUGGCGCAGGACUCAGAAACAUCCGUGAAUAAGCGAGUGGCCUCGUCAAGUUCUCGUCAGCAGAGGAUGGGACAAACCGCCCUAGAGAUGGCCAUCUGCGCUUUCUCGAGCAACAGAAUUUUUGGCAGAGAGCACCACAUGAGCCGUAUGUUUUGGCGCCACUCCAAGACCAGCCUGCUGUCGGUGAUCGACGACGAGUCGCUGAAUGCCUCGCUCGCUUCUUUUCUCUUUGCCUUCACCCCUCGUCCAAAGGGCGAAGAGCACGAUGAGGCCGAGAUAACUUGUGGCGACCCCACCCUACUCGACAUAGCCCUGAGGCGAAUGCACGUUUGGCUCCACCAAAAGCGGCCGACGGCAAAGGAGCAGCGAGCCACGCGAUCCUACCGGCUCUACUACUGGCUGGCUAUCAGCAUCGACACCGUCUCUUCUUUGAUGCGCAAAAGGCCCUUUGUCAUGACUGGUGCUCCCAUCGCAGGCGUUCAAGACUUUGGCGUGAUGGGCUCGUGUGGAAGAAGGAGUAGGGAUGACGUUCCGAGUCGAGACGGAGGUGACGAAGGGGUGAGGUGGCGCCGAGCUUUGGACAUCAGCGAGACCUUCCGGUCCUACCACUACCCUCUCGUCGCUUUACAGACCUGGCCCUGCGACCUUGGCAGUGCAGAGGGCAUCUUCUCGGCCGCAUCGCUGAUGACGGUCGUCUUCAUGCGCAAAGUCUUGAUGCUGAAGACGGGCGAAUGCAGUCUGACAAAUUGUCUGUCGCUCGUCCAGCAAUGGUCGCUUACCUACGAGCCGUUCAUGAAGAGCUGCCUGGACUCCUUCGAGGCCUUGCCCUUCAAGCUGCGUGCCUGGCUGUUGGUCACAUUGUGGCCCUGGCACCUCUCCAUUCUGAGCAUGAGCGACACGCAAGGACGGACCGAUGUCGACCCAUCGAUAUUCGGCUGUGGCUACGAAGAUCAAGACCGCGACGGCGGCGGAACAGAUUCGACGCGGUCGUUGGCAGAUUCCCGCAUCCUUGUCAACGUCAGGCUCCAGUCGAUCAAUACCAUUGCCGUUGCUAUCGACAAGGCUCUGAGGUCAGAGGGCGGCUCCCCUUUGGAAGAGCACAUCGGCUCGCCGGGCAGCGAUCACUUUCGCUCAUCUCGGAAUGAGAUCCCGAUCUUGACGCUCGAUCCAUGGAUCGAAGUCCCUAUCAGGGCGAUCACAGAAGCUGCGCGCAGUCUGGUAUCAAUCUAUAACGUCAUUUCGACAGGCAGCAGUAGUAGCAGUAGCAGCAGUGGCAGCAGUGGCAGCAACGAUGCUCAUCGUGCCUCUAGCAGAUGGUCCAACGAUGGCGACAAAGGUCCGCUGACCCGUGAAAAGAUGGUGCGACUGCUUAAAGUCUUCAAAACAGGUCUCAAAGCCUUUGCUCAUUAUGGAGCAGCCAAUGUCGAGAUGCAAGAGUGGAUCGACUCCCAGAUCGUGCGCCUCAAUUCGGUCUCGGCAAGGGAAGUAGGUGUUCACGUGAAUGAAGGGGACGGCGUCGGCGGUGGAACGGGCGACGGACUCGGCCAAGGACGCGAUGACGCGGACGGACACGGGGACUGCGAUGUCACGAGUGUGCUGGCGCUCGACGAUCCGACCUGCGUUUCAGCACUGGUGGGCGAGUUCACCUCAUCGGUCUCAGCUCUUCAAAAAUCAGCCACGUCCUAUCAGGGCCUAGACACUUCUGCGGCGACGGAGAAUGCUUCGAAUGAGUACCUUGACACCUUACAAUCGUCCAGGUCUCAGCAAGAGCGAGACAUGCGCGACUUCCACCUUGAAGAACACGUACAUGACCAUGGCGACUGGAUUUGUCAAGCGUUGCGGGAAGCCGACCACAGCUUUGCGGAUUCGCAUGCCACAGUAGGAGCGUCGUCGGAGGGCUACGACCUUACCUGUGCAGCCGAAGUAUUGAGCGAGCUUCUUUCUGCUUCGUAG